AAUUUCGCCCGUCGGAAGACUGUUUACAAAAUAUUCGGUUUGCGUCGCGUGCUGUGCUAUUAUCGCUGGGAAGAAAAAUGGACUGCCUAGGUUUAUUUUAGCUUAUUCGGUUGAAUUUACGGGAGAAUAUUUUUGUUGUAAAAUCAAAGUGAACAGUGGGUAAACCGAGAUUCGUUAGUGAAGUGUGUGAAAUUUAUUUCGUGUGUGCAAAGUGAAAAGAAAAAAAAAAUGAAACUCGUAACGGACGCCAGCUGUGAAGCACUGGAACCGGUUCGGAUUGCAAUCCGGGAGCGGCCCAGUGACAUCGACGAUGAGGAUAGUAUCAUUCAGCACCACUCGGCAAACGAUCAGAUUCUGAUCGUGGAUGAGAGGCCGUUCGUGUUCGAUUUCGUGUUCCGACCGGAAGCGUCCCAGGCGCUGGUGUACGAUGCCCUGAUUCGGCCGCUGGUAGUGAAAAUGAUCAAUGGUUUCUUUUGUACGGCGUUGGCCUACGGUCAAACUGGAACGGGAAAAACGUUCACCAUGGGACUGCAGUGGGAUCACAGUGGACCACAUGAUGUCAAUCGAGGAAUGAUAACGCGUGCCCUGGAUCAGACGUUCGAUUUGCUGAGGGAAUCACGCGACCAGGAGGACUACGAGAUCGAGGUGUCGUUUGUUGAGAUUUAUAAUGAAAAGAUUUAUGAUUUGCUGUCGGAGAAUUCGACGGAACCGGUAAAUUUACGUGGGUGUAAGUUUAACGGUGGAACGAAGCGUUUGGUUAGCCGGGCCGAUCAGGCACAGGAUAUUCUGAUCGAAGGAAACAAAAACCGACACGUUCGGCCGACCAAGUUGAACACGCUGAGCUCGAGAUCGCAUGCCAUUUUUAGCAUUCAUGCUUCGGUGGUACACGACGAUGCCCGGAUAGUGUCGGCACUGCAUCUGGUCGAUUUGGCCGGUUCGGAAGGUGUUCGCCGAACCGGACACCAAGGUGUUGCGCUGGCCGAGGGUGUCCACAUCAAUCAGGGUCUGUUGAGCAUUGGAAAGGUUCUGCAGGCGCUGUCCAUCGGUAGUAAGGUCGUUCCCUAUCGGGACAGUAUUCUAAGUUCGGUACUGCAGGAUUCGUUGAAUUUAAAUUCGUACCUAACCCUGCUGGCCUGUGUCAGUCCCCUGCCGGAGGAUAUGAGCGAAACGCUGUCCACGAUUCGGUUUGCCCAGGGGGCAAAAACAUUGAAGAAUAACCCGCAGAUUAAUGCCAUCACAGCGGAAUUGAAGGCAAAAGAACGAACCCGAACUCCCGGCAAAAGCUACGUGCCCGGUGUUCUGCGGUCGAAGAAUCUUAACCCGAAAACACCGAAAUCGGCUGCCAAACGUCCAAAUCCGGCCGGUGGUUCCUCGGUUAAGAAAGUCCACAGUAACACCUUCUGUACACCGAGUAAAAUACGCAAGCUGGACUACGGAAAGCUGAAUUCGACCGUGGCACCGGUACCGGCAAAUAAACCGACGGUUGAACUUCUGCCGCCGCCACCGCCUCCACCGUCGGAUCCAAUUGUAGCCCCACCGACAAAAGCUGCCCUUCAGGCUAAUGCCGUUGCCUCCGCCACGAUGAUGCCACCUCCGUCGGUCGGCAAUUUUCCCCGGUUCAGCGAUAUGAUGGAGAAAGAUUUCGAGUCCAUUCCGGCUGAUUCCCGGUCGUCAAUGUUCAGCCUGAAUCUGUCCAGUUCCACUUCCGUUGAUCAACCGAUUGCUUCGUCCAGUGUGGCAUCAUCUCACCAACAAAGUACCAGUUACAGUCCGAUCGUGAAAAAAUGUAUGGAAACUUUCGAAGCCACCAUCGAGCAGAAGUUGGCACAAAUGUUUGAAAAAAUUCAGCACAUUCAACCGUUGCCAGCAGGAGUAGCAGGAGCAGGAGCAGCACAAACUUCGGUUCCAUCAGUUCCAGCCACGCCCACCGCCGCACCGCAAUUUGUCGUUGAUUGUAGCACUCAGCCGGAUAGCAGCAGUGCAGUAAAACAGCAGCCCAACCGCGAUGAGCUCGCUCCGAUGGCAAUGGGGUCUGCCAUUCCAUGGGACAUUAUCCGUCGGGAAAUUCAAGAAGCAAUCCGUUCGGAAAUCAGUACCAUCAACGAUUCUCACGCACCGAAAUACGAGAGCACUCCCUGUCAACAACGUUUCCUGAAUGAAUCCCGUGGUGGCGGCGGCGGCGGCGUUGCUCCAAGUACGGCCAUUCGUCUAACGAAUCCUGCGCUGAAACGAUUGAAAGAACAAGCCAGGCAAGCGGCAACGGCGGAUGAUUCCGCCGGAGAAACCGGACUGAACAGCACAGUGGUUGCCAAUACCAAAACUCCCCGUCACUGGGAGGUGAUCAAUGUGGAUAGCGAUGAUGAAGAUGCUGCAGCACCAACAGCAGCCGAUAAUGAUCCCGACGAAAGUGGAGUCAUCGUUCGGAGGCAACAAUCGAAAAGGCUUUCCGGUAUGCGUCAGCCUUUCUCGGAGGUCGAUGCAAAUGUCAAACCAAUCAAAACCACCCAGAACUUCCCCGAUGAAAGCUACCUGUGGGAGAUACAGGACGGAAUGGUUCGUCGUCGUAGUACGAGAAUUUCACUGCGGAAAUCCACGGUCUCGCAUCAGCACCACAAAAAGGGAUGCUGUCAGUCGAUUAAAAAGAAAAAGCCUCGAUUCGAAGCGUUGAUCGAAGAAGAAGACAAAGAAAAUCUCGAACACGAACACGUCGUAAACGGGCGGAAGAAGGCGGCUCCGAUGCAGAUCAGCAACAAAGUCAUUGCCGGAUACUUUCAAACACCGGGUGGUAAAAAAGAGCCCAAAAUGACGGCUUCCAAACAUGGAAAAGCCGUACUGGAUCUGGUCAACCGGGGCAGUAUCAAGGAGGUGCAAAUUCUGCCCACCGUUGGAUUGAAAAUGGCCUAUCAAAUUGUGACGCAUCGCACCAUCAACGGAAAGUUCAAAAAGGUCGAUGAUUUGGCGAAGCUUUUUGUCGGCGGCAAAAAAUGGACCAAGUUCCUCGAGGCGAAUUAUCUCUCUUAAAGCUAGUGGAAAAAAACCGGCUGUCCGUUUCAGUGGUCUCGUCGUUCGUAUAAAACUUUUUAAACCGUUCCUCCGUAGUUUGUAAGUUAAACUUACUAUUAUUUUUUAACAAAUUUUCAUUUGAUUCAUGCACAUCUGUCGACAUCCAUCUGCAAUCCCAUAGAUUGAUAGUUCUAUUUUUGUAUAGGAAUAAUAACGUGAGAUAUAAAUUGUAUGUUAAGUGGCGAUAGCAUCAUUCAAUAUAAAUUCUAAUCGUACAAACCUAGUAGCAGUAGAACAAUUGCCAUCGGGCAACCGUCGGUUUUAAAUUUGUAUUAUUUUUUUCCAACACAUCUCGGUUUCGUCCGUUGCUGCACAAUACAUUUUAACAUUUAGUUCCCUGUA